UCAAGAGCGAAAGCAAAAGGUUAGGAAUUGAAAGAGGGGGGAGAUAACAUAGCAGGAUAUUGCAAGCUUCCAGGCCUAUAAUCCUGCGAAGAAAUGAACAUGGCUUUUGCUACUUCCUUGUAUCCUGCAACUGGAAAGAGACCCAUUUUCAAAAUUAUUAACCCUUUUACUUGUAACGCUGCCGCCAGAAGAAAUUUCACCUUUCGAAGAAACUUUUCAUGUUCAGCAACUGUAGCUACUGAUAUCACUGCUCGGGUAUCUGAAUUUGAGAUUGAGAACCAAAAAAAUGAUUUGUUGAGAUUGGUCCAAGACACGCAACGAGGGCUUGUUACCACUCCUGAUCAACGCUCUUCUAUUGAGGAGGCUCUAGUGAGCUUGGAAGGAUUCAACGUGGGGGAGUCAGUUGACCUGGUGCUGCUGGAUGGCACGUGGCGCCUACAGUACACCUCUGCCCCUGAUGUCCUUGUUCUCUUUGAAUCUGCUGCAAGGUUUCCCUUCUUUCAGGUUGGGCAGAUCUUCCAGAAAUUUGAAUGUAGAGAUCAGUCUGAUGGUGGUGUCAUUCGCAAUGUUGUUCAAUGGAGUAUCCCAACAUUGUUAGAGGAACAAGAAGGUGCUACUCUCCUUGUUUCUGCAAAAUUUAAUGUUGUUUCUGCACGCAACAUCUAUCUUCAGUUUGAAGAGAUAAGCAUUCAAAAUAUUAGAAUCAGUGAAGAGUUGCAAGCUUUAAUAGCUCCGGCACUGCUACCCCGUUCAUUUCUUAGUCUACAGAUCCUACAGUUUAUCCGUACUUUCAAAGCUCAUGUUCCUGUAAGAAACCCAGGAGACCCAGGGAGGCGAUCAGUGGGAGGCCUAUAUUACCUCUCCUAUCUGGAUCGCAAUAUGCUUUUGGGGCGUGCUGUAGGAGGUGGUGGAGUUUUUGUCUUUACCAGAGCUCAGCCUAUUGACUUGUGAGGGACAACCCUUGCUUGUCUUAUUUACUACCCGGCAUACACAAAACUACCAAUCAAAAACUUGAUUUGGAAAUGGCAAGAUGGGGAAUGAGUGGCACGGGAGAUAAGAGCCACAAAGCAAGAGACUGAUAGUCCAAUGGCUGCAAGGAUUUAGAAACGAUGGAUCCCUUAGACCAUUAUUUUCUCCUGCUCUUCCCCGCAGGCAAGAAAGUAACCUUCCGUAGCUCAGCAGUAUGCUGCUCUUCUAUUACAUGUAUCCAUAUUUCAUUUAUUUACUUGUUGUACAUUUUGGUUUAAAUUCUCACCGCAAUAACAUUUGAAUAUAUCACUGCCGAGAUUUGUAAACUGCUCGGAGGGAUACAAAUCUACAAAGAAGUUUUUGUG